AUGAAUCGAGCGUGGAUGUUAUUGCUUAUGCCAGCAUGGGAACUUUCCUCUGGAAGGGGUGCUCUCAUGCUACAGGCGGCUUCUAAACAGAAUCUUCUGCAACUACAACUCAGGGGCCGUCUUCAGGUUAAUUCCCGGCUGGUUCCCGUGAGGAACUUCCGAGUGAGUCCUGUAUUUAGCACUUCCAAAAUUGCCCGUUCUGCCAGGGGCGACGAGGACCAUGACAAAGAAACCACCAGCCAGUCGCUGAUGACUGCUGAAGAUCUCUUUGAGAGAGGCGCAAAGACCAAGGCCACAUUUAAGCAAGCUCUGGACGUCUUCUGCAAACGGGACAUCCGCCGCCGGGGCCACGUGGAGUUCAUCUACGCGGCCCUGAAGAAGAUGGUGGAGUUUGGUGUGGAGAGGGACAUCACCGUCUACAACAAAAUACUGGACAUCUUCCCCAAGGAAGUGUUUGUGCCUCACAACUUCAUCCAGAGAAUGUUCAACCACUACCCCCGCCAGCAGGAAUGUGGGGUCGAAGUUCUUGAGCAGAUGGAGACUUACGGUGUCAUGCCCAACAAUGAGACUAAGUUCUUGUUGCUCCAAAUCUUUGGGGCCAAGAGCCACCCUGUGAGGAAAUACCAACGGAUCUUGUACUGGUUUCCUAAGUUCAAGCACAUCAACCCGUACCCUGUUCCGGACCCUCUGCCGCAGGAGCCCAUGGACCUCGCUCAGCUGAGCCUACAGAGGAUUGCCGCUGACUUGGAUGCUCGCAUUACGGCCUACCAGCUGCCUCACAUAGAAGUCUUGGACUCUGGGAAAACCAUCGACCACCCGCAUAUAAUAGGAAUCCAGAGUCCGGAGCAGCAGUCUCUCCUGGCCCGCCACAACCCAGACAGGCCCGUUUUUGUCGAAGGCCCCUUCCGCUUAUGGCUCAAGAAUGUUUGUGUUUAUUACUACGUGCUCAGGGCAGAGCUGUUACCUCCAGAAGAAAGGAAAGAGGAAGUGAUUGACCCGGAAAGGAAUUUCUACUACCCCAUGCAGCUGGACUUUGAUCUGGAACGAGGGCCUUGGGAUGAUGCGGAAUUUGACAUAGAUGAAGUCGAGGAGGGCCCCGUAUUUGCCAUGUGCAUGGCGGGGGCUGGAGACCAGGCCACUUUGGCCAAAUGGAUUGUGGGGCUCCAGGAGACGAACCCGGUUUUGAGUCAGACGCCAGUCGUGUUCCGCCUCGCCCCAGGGCCCCGGGAGCUGCAGGCCGGUCCUGACUUGGAGGAGAACAGCGAAGAGGAAAUGGCGCGGUCCCAGAUCAUCAGCCGAGAGUCCUGA